AGCAGGAAAUGAGUUUGCGAACCAAGCAGCUGCUGCAGCUCUCAAUUUCAGUGGCUCUCUGGCUCUGCUGGCCGAGCACGGGGAGGGACAGGAGGCUGGAGGGCCGAAGAAAAGACAGAGGAGUGAGCGUGGGACCCGGGCUGGAGCAGUAAAGGAGGAAGAGUACCGGGAGAAUCACUUCCUGCUCUAGGUACUAGCUGCCCGGUGUGACCUCAGGGAAUCUGCUCACCCACCUGGUGCUAUUGGGGUUAUUAUCAUCCCAAGUUUACAAAGGAGGAAACUGAGAUGCAGCAAAAUGAAGCCAUUGGCUUGACUUUUAGGAGCCUGGGGCUGAGCCAGGAUUGGAACCUGUGUUCCAGCUGGCAGCCUGGGACUCUGUCCUUGUGAACACCAUGUGGAGGGAGAAGGGGUGUUGAAGAAACUUUGGGAGGAUUCUGGACAAGGAGGCCAGGGGGUCAGAGAAGGACCAGGGGACUCAAAGGCAGGCACCUGGGCUGGGAGUCCAGAGAUGCAGGUCUCUGCUACUGGCCCUUCCCACUGGGCCUCAGUUUCCCUAUCUUUAAUACCAGUAGCUCACCAAUGUAUUUUGGAAUCUCCUUGGGCAAGUCACCUGACCUUCUCUAGGCCUCGGUUAGUAUGUCUGCAGGUCUCAUGGCGGACACCCAGUACAUCCUGCCCAAUGACAUCGGUGUGUCUAGCUUGGACUGCCGUGAGGCCUUCCACCUGCUGUCGCCCACAGAGCGCAUCUAUGCUCACCACCUGUCUCGGGCCGCCUGGUAUGGGGGCCUGGCAGUGCUGCUGCAGACCUCGCCUGAGGCCCCCUACAUCUACACCCUGCUCAGCCGCCUCUUCCGGGCUCAGGACCCUGACCAGCUGCGCCAGCAUGCCCUGGCCGAGGGCCUUACUGAGGAGGAAUAUCAGGCAUUCCUGGUCUACGCUGCUGGUGUCUACUCCAACAUGGGCAACUACAAGUCCUUCGGUGACACCAAGUUUGUCCCCAACUUGCCUAAGGAGAAGCUGGAACGGGUGAUCCUUGGGAGUAUGGCCGCUCAGCAGCACCCCGAAGAAGUCAGGGGCCUUUGGCAGACCUGCGGGGAGCUCAUGUUCUCCCUGGAGCCGCGGCUUCGACAUCUGGGGCUGGGGAAGGAGGGAGUCACCACCUAUUUCUCUGGGGAUUGUACCAUGGAGGAUGCCAAACUGGCCCAAGACUUCCUGGACUCUCAGAACCUUAGUGCCUACAACACGCGGCUCUUCAAGGAGGCCGGCCAAGAUGGGAAGCCCCGCUAUGAGGUGCGGCUGGCUUCAGUGCUUGGCACAGAGCCUGCUGUGGACUCUGAAGUGACUUCCAAGCUGAAGACCUAUGAAUUCCAGGGGAGCUGUUUCCAGGUGACCCGGGGGGACUACGCACCCAUUCUCCACAAGGUGGUGGAGCACCUGGAGAAAGCCAAGGCGUACGCAGCAAACAGCCACCAGGAGCAGAUGCUGGCCCAGUACGUGGAGAGCUUCACCCAGGGCUCCAUCGAGGCCCACAAGAGGGGCUCCCGCUUCUGGAUCCAGGACAAAGGCCCCAUCGUGGAGAGUUACAUCGGGUUCAUCGAGAGCUACCGUGACCCCUUUGGUUCCCGUGGAGAGUUUGAAGGUUUCGUGGCCAUGGUCAACAAGGCCAUGAGUGCCAAGUUCAAGUGGCUGGUGGAGAGUGCGGAACAGCUGCUAAAGGAGCUCCCCUGGCCCCCAGCCUUCGAGAAGGACAAGUUCCUCACCCCCGACUUCACCUCCCUGGAUGUCCUCACCUUCGCAGGCUCCGGCAUCCCCGCUGGCAUCAAUAUCCCCAACUACGAUGACCUGAGGCAAACGGAAGGCUUUAAGAACGUGUCAUUGGGGAACGUGCUGGCUGUGGCCUAUGCCACGCAGCGGGAGAAGCUCACCUUCCUGGAGGAGGACGACAAGGACCUGUACAUCCGCUGGAAGGGGCCCUCUUUCGACGUGCAGGUGGGGCUGCACGAGCUGCUGGGCCACGGCAGCGGCAAGCUCUUUGUGCAGGAUGAGAAAGGAGCAUUCAACUUUGACCAGGAGACUGUGAUCAACCCAGAGACUGGGGAGCAGAUCCAGAGCUGGUACCGGAGCGGGGAGACGUGGGACAGCAAGUUCAGCACCAUUGCCUCCAGCUAUGAAGAGUGCCGGGCCGAGAGCGUGGGCCUCUACCUCUGCCUCAACCCCCAAGUGCUGGAGAUCUUUGGCUUCGAGGGGGCUGAUGCAGAAGACGUGAUCUAUGUGAACUGGCUCAACAUGGUUCGGGCCGGGCUGCUGGCUCUGGAGUUCUACACCCCGGAGGCUUCCAGCUGGAGACAGGCCCACAUGCAGGCCCGGUUUGUGAUCCUGAAGGUCUUGCUGGAGGCUGGCGAGGGGCUUGUUACCGUCACUGCCACCACAGGCUCCGACGGGCGCCCGGAUGCCCGGGUCCGCCUUGACCGAAGCAAGAUCCGUUCCGUAGGCAAACCUGCCCUGGAGCGGUUCCUGCGGAAACUCCAGGUGCUGAAGUCCACGGGGGAUGUGGCCGGAGGGCGGCUCUUGUACGAAGGGUACGCGGCCGUCACGGAUGCGCCCCCCGAGUGCUUCCUAACCCUCAGGGACACGGUGCUGCUGCGCAAGGAAUCCCGGAAACUCAUCGUUCAGCCCAACACUCGGCUUGAAGGCUCAGAGGUGCAGCUCCUGGAGUACGAGGCCUCGGCUGCUGGCCUCAUCCGAUCCUUCUCCGAGCGCUUCCCCGAGGAUGGGCCUGAGUUGGAGGAGAUCCUCAUCCAGCUGGCCACGGCCGAUGCCCGAUUCUGGAAGGGCCCCACUGAGGUCCCAGCUGGCCAGGCUUGAGGAAGAUUUGUGUGGGCCUGCCCGCAACUCCAUCAAGCCAAGGCUGCAGUGGCCCUCCUUUUGUGUGUGUAUUUUGAGGCGCUGGGGGUGGGGCAGGAGUUCAGACCUUGGUGCUACCUCGAUUGAGGGUGGUGACCCUAAGCCCUUCCAUUUGUCAGCACUUCCCAGUUUACCAAGUGCUUCCCCUCUGUGAUGUUCAGCACUGCCAGCCAGGGAGUGGGCAAGACAGGGCUACUUGUCCUGUUUUCCAGAUGAAAUGGAAGUUCUGAGAAGUGACUUGUCUAGAUCCUGCAGGUGGUAUGUGACAGAGCCAGGACUCAAAACCUUCUCGCCAAAUCCGAUGCUCUUCCUGUAUUACAUUUAUAGCCAGAAAAAUAAAUAUUAGAAAUAACCACCAUC